AUGAACGGCGAAGCUCGCCCCAAGCGCAAACACAGCCCAGUCUCAGCAUCCGACAGACCAGCGAAACAUCUCAAACCCGAAUCUACCGUCCUCACUCCCGGCGACGAGACACCCGCAAAUGGCACCGUAUACGACGUCGAAAAUGGCGAGGAUAUCACACCUAUCGUCGCAAUGGGCGCAGCUCAGGCAGAUUCGCCCGAGUGGCAGGCGACUAUUGAGUCAGUGGUGAAGAGUGUUGUGUCGAUUCACUUUUGUCAAACGUGCUCGUUUGAUACGGAUCUUUCGAUGUGCAGUCAGGCUACCGGCUUUGUGGUUGAUGCGCAGAGGGGCUAUAUCCUCACGAAUAGGCAUGUGGUUUGCGCGGGCCCCUUUUGGGGGUAUUGUAUUUUUGACAAUCAUGAAGAGUGCGAUGUUCGUCCCGUUUAUCGAGAUCCUGUCCAUGAUUUCGGUAUUCUCAAAUUCGAUCCCAAGGCUAUCAAGUACAUGGACAUGACGGAGCUAAAAUUGAACCCUGACGGAGCACAAGUGGGCGUUGAAAUCAGAGUCGUCGGUAACGAUGCUGGAGAGAAACUUAGUAUUCUGUCAGGUGUCAUCAGCCGACUAGACCGAAACGCGCCGGAGUACGGUGAAGGAUACAGCGAUUUCAAUACAAACUACAUCCAGGCUGCCGCUGCUGCUAGCGGCGGAAGUUCUGGUAGUCCUGUCGUCAACGUGGCUGGUCACGUUGUUGCACUCCAGGCGGGUGGCCGUGCGGAUGGUGCUGCUACAGACUACUUUUUACCACUGGGCCGUCCACUACGAGCGUUGCAGUGUAUACAAGACGGCAAACCGGUUACACGUGGAACUAUCCAAACACAAUGGAUGAUCAAGCCUUUUGACGAAUGUCGACGCCUCGGCUUGACUCCCGAAUGGGAAGCCUAUGUCCGAAAAUCCGCACCCAAAGAGACCGGAAUGUUGGUGGCGGAGAUUGUUCUCCCAGAAGGCCCCGCUGAUGGAAAGCUUCAAGAAGGAGAUGUUCUGCUGAAAGUGAAUGGAGAGUUACUCACUCAAUUCGUGCGACUUGAUGAUAUUUUGGACUCGAAUGUCGACCAGUCUAUUCGGCUAUUGAUUCAACGCGGUGGUGAAGACCUUGAGGUAGAAUGCACUGUUGGCGACUUGCAUGCAAUUACGCCGGAUCGCUUCGUCAGUGUCGCUGGUGGCACAUUCCACGAUCUAUCUUACCAGCAGGCUCGCCUGUAUGCUAUCGCCUGUCGUGGUGUAUAUGUCUGCGAGGCAGCAGGCUCAUUCAAGAUUGAGAACACUUUAUCCGGCUGGAUCAUCGAUUCUGUGGACAAGCGGCCGACACCAAAUUUACAAGAGUUUAUCGAAGUGAUGAAGACAAUUCCAGAUCGCUCGAAAAUCGUCAUCUCCUACCGACAUAUUCGGGAUCUCCACACUCGAGGGACUAGCAUCAUCUACCUUGACCGUCACUGGCAUCCAAAGAUGUCUCUUGCGGUCCGUAACGACGAGACUGGUCUAUGGGACUUUUCUGAUAUUGCCGGUCCGCUACCUGCUGAACCCCCAGUCCCGAUGAAAGCAGACUUUAUCCAAUUAGAUGGAAUCAGCCAGACUGCAGCCGCUGAGAUUGUGCGCAGCUUUGUCCGCGUGUCAUGCACCAUGCCCUUGAAGUUGGAUGGCUUUCCUCAAGCUAAAAAGACCGGAUAUGGUUUGGUCAUCGAUGCGGAGAAGGGACUGGUUGUUGUGUCGCGAGCUAUCGUUCCGUAUAAUCUGUGCGACAUCAACAUUACUGUAGCGGAUUCAAUCAUUGUCACUGGAAAAGUCAUCUUUAUGCACCCCUUGCAAAACUACACUAUUGUGCAAUAUGACCCAAGUCUUGUUCAGGCACCUGUCCGAAGUGCGCAAUUGAGUACAGAGAACAUCAAGCAAGGUCAAGAUACGAUCUUUGUCGGAUUCAACCAGAACCUCCGUAUUGUCGUUGCCAAGACGACCGUGACUGAUAUCACAACGGUCGCCAUACCUGCCAACGCCUCGGCUCCACGCUAUCGAGCUAUCAAUCUUGAUGCCAUUACAGUAGACACGGGGCUCAGUAGCCAAUGCACGACUGGCGUUUUACUCCGUGAAGACGGCGUAGUGCAAGCCCUUUGGCUGAAUUAUCUUGGUGAGCGAACAGGAAACUCACACAAGGACGUUGAAUACCAUCUUGGCCUGGCAACACCGUCUAUACUCCCCAUAAUCAGCAAGAUCCAACAAGACGAAAUCCCUAAGCUACGGAUUCUGAACAUGGAAAGCUAUGUCAUUCAGAUGAGCCAAGCACGCAUCAUGGGCGUGUCGGAGGAAUGGAUCAAUAAAGUGGCAGAAGCCAACCCAUCCAGACAUCAGCUGUUCAUGGUUAGAAAACUAGACAGCCCACCUCCAAAAUUCACGCAUAAGGCGGAUGCUCUUAAAGAGGGAGACAUCAUUCUCACUCUUAAUGACAAGCUCAUUACCCGAGUGUCAGAGUUUGACAUCAUGUACGAUAACGAAGUACUUGACGCAUUGAUCGUUCGGAACGGCCAGGAAAUGCAUGUCAAGGUGCAUACGGUGCCGACAGAAGAUCUUGAGACGGACCGAGCAGUGGUGUUUUGUGGAGCUGUGUUGCAGAAGCCGCACCAUGCUGUGCGUCAGCAGAUUUCCAAGCUUCAUAGCGAGAUAUAUAUCAGUGCAAGGAGCCGCGGUUCACCGGCAUAUCAAUACGGAUUAUCGCCUACGAAUUUUAUUACCGCAGUCAACGGCGUUCAAACCCAUGACCUUGACAGCUUUGUCGAAGAAGUUAAAAAGAUUCCCGAUAACACAUACUUUCGUCUCCGAGCGGUCACAUUUGACAAUGUGCCAUGGGUAGUCACCAUGAAAAAGAAUGACCAUUACUUCGCCAUGUCGGAAUACGUAAAAGACGCCUCAGCGCCAGCGGGAUGGAAAGUGAUCAAUUACCCAAAGAAGGAUGAAUCGGCAGAUCAGGGUAAUCUCACUGCAGAUGCCAUGGAUGAAGGAGGUGAAGGUGGCGGAAGCGACGCUGAGCCUGAUUGUUAG